AUGUGCGAGACUCCUAUUCCACAUUUUGCGGCAUGCUUGGCAUACUUGCUGGCUGUGCAGUAUCCAGACGAAGGCAACACGUGGAUCGGGUCAGCUAUACCGAACUUCAAAGAGACGAGCCUCUGGAUUCGAUACAUCUCGGCCUUAUACUGGUCGACCACCACCAUGACCACUGUCGGCUAUGGCGACAUCCACGCUCAGAACACCUUAGAGAUGGCUUUCAUCAUAUGUUACAUGCUCUUCAGCUUUGGCCUCACUGCUUACAUCAUUGGCAACAUGACCGACUUGGUCGUUGAGGGCACCCGUCGAACCAUGGAAUUCAUUGCACGCAAGUUACCAAUAUUUGUGCAGAGAAGUAGCAUCGAAGCUGCAUCAAGUUUUGUGAUGCGGAAUCGUCUGCCUCCUCGGUUGAAAGACCAGAUUCUGGCUUACAUGUGCCUCCGAUUCAAAGCCGAGAGCUUGAACCAGAACCAACUCAUACAACAGCUCCCCAAAACCUUAUGCAAAAGCAUCCAACACCACCUCUUCUUACCAACCAUACAAGGGGUCUAUCUCUUCAAGGGCGUCUCCACAGAAAUCCUCAUGCUUCUGGUAGCAGACAUGAAAGCAGAGUACAUCCCACCGCGAGAGGAUGUUAUAAUACAGAAAGAGGCUCCUGACGACGUCUACAUUAUCGUGUCUGGGGAAGUAGAGAUGAUUGACUGCGAAUUGGAGAAAGAAAACGUUGUUUGGGAGUUCAGUUCGGGUGGCAUGUUUGGUGAAGUCGGAGCGUUCUGCUCAACGCCUCAGAGCUUCACAUAUCGCACCAAGACGCUCUCGCAGAUGCUGAGGCUCAAAACUUCGUCUCUGGUUGAAGCAAUGAAGACGAGACAGGAGGAUAAUGUCAUCAUGCUCAAGAACUUCCUUCAGCAUCACAAGAAGCUUAAAGAUUUGCGGUUGGGGGAUUUGUUCAUGGAUGAAGAGGUGGAUGGUGAUGUGAACAUGUCGAUCAACUUGGUGACUGUGGCGGGAACGGGAAACGCUGCGUUUCUUAACGAGCUUCUGAAGGCCGGUCUUGACCCUGAUGUUGGAGAUUCUAAAGGGAAGACUCCAUUGCAUAUAGCAGCGUCGAAAGGCCACGAAGAAUGUGUAGUUGUUCUCCUCAAACAUGCUUGCAGCUUACACCUAAGAGAUUUGGAAGGAAACACAGCGCUAUGGGAAUCUAUUGCAGCAAAGCAUCAUUCAAUAUUCAAGAUCCUCUACCACUGGGCUUCCAUCUCUGAUCCAUUCAUAGCCGGCGAUCUCCUCUGCACAGCAGCCAAACGAAACGACGUGGGAGUGAUGAAGGAGCUGCUGAAACACGGGUUAUACGUUGAUUCAAAGGAUGUGCAUGGGCUAACUGCUAUCCAAGUGGCGACGACAGAGAACCAUUUAGACAUAGUGCAGCUUCUAGUGAUGAACGGGUCCCAAGUCGACGAAACCAUCAUGAAUAUGAUUCCACCGGUAAAUUUGAACGAUAUGCUGCAGAAGAGGGAGAUAGGCCACUGCAUAGUUAUGUCUGACACCACUGAAGAAGAUGAUAGCCACAAGAAAACUAAAGAAGAGGAACGGUUAGUACUCCCUUUGAGGGUUAGCAUCUACCGAGGCCAUACGGCCAAUCGGAGCACUACUAAUCACCCUGGUAAAUUGGUGAGAAUGCCGAGUACAUUAGAUGAGCUCAAGACCAUUGCAGGUCAGAAGUUUGGAUUUGAUGCUACAAAUGCAUUGGUGACUAAUGAGGAAGGUGCUGAAAUUGAUUCCAUUCAAGUGAUAAGAGAUAAUGAUAAACUGUUUAUAGUUGAGACUGAGAGUUAGUGUUAUGUUAGGUAAUAACCAGUCUGCAUAAUUUAAGUAGCCCCACUACAGCAAAAUUGUUUAGUAGUGUGUCUAGUGGCAUAAUUUUAGUGAUCCCAAGAGCUUGUCACAAAAUUUGCUACUUUUAUGUAACAAAAUUGACUUGCACACACACAUAUAUAUACAUA